GCGAGAGGCGGCGAGGCGCCGUGACGUCAUCGGUGGGCGCCGCGCGCCGCGCCGGAGGCGGAAGGGCUGCAGCCGCGGUACCAGAACCACGUGCGGGGCCUCCCGGGCCGCAGUUGGCCCGGCAUCGCAGGGCCUCCUCCCAGGCACCGCCGGAGAGCAGCACCAUGAGCUUCGUGGCUUACGAAGAGCUGAUCAAAGAGGGUGACACAGCCAUCCUGUCACUGGGCCACGGUGCAAUGAUGGCAGUGCGCGUGCAGCGCGGGGCACAGACCCAAACCCGGCACGGCGUCCUGAGGCACUCCGUAGACCUCAUUGGCCGCCCUUUCGGCUCCAAGGUGACCUGUGGCCGAGGCGGCUGGGUGUACGUGCUGCACCCCACGCCUGAGCUCUGGACACUGAACCUGCCGCACCGCACCCAGAUCCUCUACUCCACUGACAUCGCCCUGCUCACCAUGAUGCUGGAGCUGCGGCCCGGCUCCGUGGUCUGUGAGUCCGGCACCGGCAGCGGAUCCGUGUCCCACGCCCUCAUCCGCACCAUCGCGCCCACGGGCCACCUGCACACCGUGGAGUUCCACCAGCAGCGGGCGGAGAAGGCCCGGGAGGAGUUCCGGGAGCACCGCGUGGGCCGCUGGGUGACCGUGCACAACCAGGACGUGUGCCGCAGCGGCUUCGGCGUGAGCCACGAGGCCGACGCCGUCUUCCUGGACAUCCCGUCGCCGUGGGAGGCCGUGGGCCACGCCUGGGACGCCCUCAAGGUCGAAGGCGGGCGCUUCUGCUCCUUCUCGCCGUGCAUCGAGCAGGUGCAGCGCACGUGCCAGGCGCUGGCAGCCCGAGGCUUCCUGGAGCUGAGCACGCUGGAGGUGCUGCCGCAGCUGUACCACGUGCGCACCGUCAGCCUGCCCGCACCGGACCUGGGGGCCGCCCCGGGCCCCGCCCCCGACGCCGGCCCCUUCCGCAGCGGCACGCCCAUGAAGGAGGCCGUGGGCCACACUGGCUACCUGACCUUCGCCACGAAGAACCCAGGCUAGCCGGCUGCUCGCCAGGAGAUCCAGGGAGCUAGGAGCACAUGGGCCCGGGCAGGGAGGCGCAGGCUGCUGCGGGCCGACUCGCGUGGGCAGCGGACGCCUGCCGCGCCUGUGUGUGCACAGGGGGUGGGGCGGGGUGGGGUGCAGGGUGGGGCCUCUUAGGUGGCGGAAGCGGGCGGCCAGCCCCAGGCCUCCGGUCCCCAGGGAGGGAGGCCCCUGCCCGUCUCCUGCCCUCCUGCUCACUGCCAUGUGAAGUCCCCACAACCACAGGGCUUUCCGAGUGCUGAGGCCCAGGGGUGCAGGUGGGCCCAGGUCUCACCCCUUCCCAGGCGGCCCCACGCAGGGAAGGAGGUGGGGGAGCAAAGACUCAAGGAGGAGGGCCGGGGGCUUGGUGCUGCCAUUGACCCCAGACCCCCAAGGCCCGGCUGCCACACCAGGUCCGUAGACUAACCUGUCGAGGGGUCAGCUCUGCCCUGGCCCCUCCGCCACCAUCCCCAGUGCUGAAGGGGCCGGGCUGGCUCCGCCCCCAGGGAGAGGAGGCCGUGCGGUGCUCCCUGCUGCCUAACCUGCUCCUGAGGGGGGAGGGGCGGCCCCACCCAUCGGCUUCCUCCUGUGCCCCGCCCCCCAGCUGCCUCCUUGCUCUGUGGUGUGGGGCUGGCGUCCCUGCCCGCCGCUGUGCAUGAAGGGCCUGGGUGUCCCCCCUUGGCCUCGGCCUCCCCACGUGGGGCCAGGAAGCCCACACACGGCGCCUGCGAGGGGCUGGCCCUGACCGAGCCUCCUGCAGAAAUAAACACUGUGGCCCC